CGAUAUUGGAGCUUAAAUUUUAUUCAAGGAUUUAAUGCUAACAAAAAGAAUUUAAAUUGAUUAUCCUACCUUAGUGAAGGAAAUAAAGUCUUUUUUAUAAAAUCACUGAAAAAAAUAGAUCAAGAAAAAUGUGAAAUACUACCUAUCUACUCCGCUUCGCUGAAAUUUACAUUAUUAUCAGAGCUACAAACUAAGAGAGUUGUACAGGUGGAGAAUAAUACUCCACAGGUUAAUCCUCACUAUAGUUCGAAUGGUACUCCGAUGGGUAUUCCGCAAGCUACUAAUACUCAGCCGAAGGAAGCGCUGCGCAGCGCUCCCAUCUCCCUCCCCUUAGGGCGGGGGGCGAAGCAGAGCAGCGAUCGAAUGGUAAGUGCUAGUGCUAACGCUAGUAGUAAAAAAUACCAUACUUUAGCCUAUGUUCUAAACAAAAAUGAAUAUAAAGAUCUUACAAUACAGCCUAGCCCUCCUUUAGAAACAUACGACUCUCCGCACGCGCGAAUUAUUUCUAAUUUCUAUUUACACGAAUUAUUAUUAAUUAAUAGUAAAAAAAUUAUUAAACCUAUUUUAGAUUAUUGUAAUAAAAUUAUUAAACUUAUUUUUGAUAAUUUUAUUAUUAGAUUUAAUAAAAUUAUAAAUAAUCCUUUAGGUUUCUUAAGAGAUUUAAUUGUUCGUCGGCUUAAUAAAGAGUUAAAAUUUUAUUUAUGAAGUUUAUUUAAUUAUUAUCUACCCUUCUGUAUCCCUUUUUAUAUUGAAAUUUCUUUAACUUUUGAAAUUUUAUCAUAUUUUAGAUGAUUAUUUUGACCUUUUACUGCUACUUCUAUUAAUUUAGAUAAAGGUAACGAUGAUGAUAAAGAUAUGGAUAAGGACAAAGGAAAGGGUAAAGCUUUAGAUAACGAUAAUGAUAAUGAUAAUGACAACGAGAAAAAUAAAGAUAAAGUUAAAAAAUUUAAAGGUUUAGAUAAUAAAAAAAGAAAAAUGUUCGAGAUUGGCGAAUCUGAUUCUGAAUCAGAGGGGGAGUCAGAUUGGGAAUUCGUUGAACAUGACGGUUCAAAUUUUCCACCUAAUGGUAACAACAAUUCUACCGCAGCAAAUGGCUCUGGGUCACCCUCACUCUUUAGGGAUGGCACUUCCUCUGGCGAGCGCGUAGUGCUGCGGCCCGAAGGGAGCGAAGCGCGGGAGGGUGACCCUACUGACUCUAACAACAACACAGCUAGGCUUCGCUGUUACACACCUAACAAUCCUACCUCAGAUACUACGCCGGAAAAUAACCCCUCACAAAUUAGUAACCCUGACUCUAAUAAUACACCGUCCUCUAGUGAUCGUCUUAUUUCACCCCUUCGUUCCAGAGCAGAGUGAGAGAAUUAUAGAAAUAGCCUAGUUGAUCCUACUUCAGAGCAAUUGGCUUAUAUAGACCGAACUAUUGAAAGAGAAGAAAGGAAGAUAGAAGUAGAAACAAGUAAAAAAUUACAAGGUUUACCUUAUAGGAAUUGAGAAAAAUAAAGAUUUAUAAUAUAAAUUUAUGAGUCC